CCUUAUCUAAUUGACCCUAGUUCCUGACAACCGUCAACGAAGUAUCGACUUUCUCAGCAACGAGACGCUAACAUUAACUUUUAAAAUUUACAUUUUCACACGCAAAAUUGCAUAAGUCGUGCAUUUUGCACGAUGGCGUCUAAACCAGCGAAGGAAAAGAAAUCUUCUAAUCGUGUAAAUUCAGCUUCCAAACAAGAAGCUGCAUCCAUUGCUGCCAGUGUGAUUGGAUCACAGGAAGGUAGAAAACAGAAGGUUGUCAUCUGGCCUGAAUGGAGUGAUGCUGAUGUCAAUGGAGAAAAAUGGGAUGCCCCACACAAACCCAAGGAGAAGGACAAGGGCAAGAGCCCAAGCAGCAUGCAACACUUCUUUGAUGAUCCAGAGGGAAGAAUAGACCUACCUGGUAACCUUAGACAUCGUGUAGACCAUUGGAGAAGACCACAGGACUUCAUCACUGACAAGACGCCAGUAGUCUAUGAUCCAGAUAGCAAUCAGGACAUCGACCUACUCACUAACAAUGAACACCUUGAUGAAUGUGAGACAUUACGUUGGAUCACCAGUCAAAUCACCAACCUGUGGCACUCUACAGCCACGCCCAUCACCGAACCUCAUGAGGGAGUCACCAUAGCAGGGGGUAAGAUGCACCCCUGGAGGCCAUGGGACCAUAUCUACGCCCUCUGUAAAGUAGGAAAGGCACCCCAUCUACCCCUCUACAAUGCCCAUGGCAAAUACAUCAUCAGAAUAUAUUGGAUGGGAACAUGGAGGAAAGUGACGGUCGAUGAUACCAUCCCGUUUGAUGAUAAUGGAAAGAUGCUUCUACCCUGCUCCAGAUUGACCCAUGAACUUUGGCCUAUGCUCCUCACCAAAGCUCUCAUCAAAGUAUUCUCAUUAGAUUACUCAACUGGAAACAGCAGCUGUGAGUUUGGUGAUGUGACUGUGAUUCAGACAUUGACUGGAUGGCUACCUGAAACAAUACCUCUACAGUAUGGUCAUUUAGACAAGGUGUGGGAGCUGAUGAAGAAGCUUCUGCCAGAGUUCAAGCUCCCUGAGCUGGAUCCUCCCCCAUCGGAGGAGCUGCCUCCUGAAGAGGCUCCUAAGAAGGAGAAGAUGGGUGAUGAGAUGUCUGUGGUUACCAGGGAGUCUAACAAGGAUGGCAAAGGAGGCAAAGGAUUUGAUGGAAGAUCUGAAAAGGGAGACAAGGACUCUAGAGUCGGUCAUAAAGAGGACGUCAAAGAGGGAAAGAAAGACAAGAAGGACAAGAAAGACGACAAAGACAAAGACAAACGCACGCCUGAUAAGGAACAAGUAACAAUCCUAGAUAAAGACCAGUCAAUGCCGAUGGUUCCAGAGAGCCCUCAAGUGACACUCUUUGUCAGCUAUAUACACCCUCCUAAGGUACCACUCAGGAUCUCGGUGCUUGGAGAAAUGGCUGAUGCAUCAGAGAAGCUUCGUCAGAAUGGUCUAUCCCAUGUCUACCCUCACCCUCUUAUGCUGACCCAGACCAGAUCUUGCCCCUUGGUAGCCCCACCCCCUCCACCUAAGAUUCCUUCCUGGAAGCUGAUACGCCCCAAGAAGAAGAAGCCAUCUCCUACUGAUGAGCCCUCUGAACCUGAAGUGAAGAAACCAGAACAGUUUGUUGAACUGACCUCUCCAUUUGUCAACUACAAAGUCAGCUCUGUUCCCAUUCCUACAGACACGAAGAGACCUAACUCCUCUCUAUCUCGAGGAGCUGUCUCCAGACCAGAGACCUCCCAGAUGGGUGAGAUCUGUGAGGUAGAUGAGAAUGCUCCUGAGAAGACCGAGGAGGAGAUUGCCAAGGAGAAGGAGGCCAAGCAGAAAGCAGAAGAGGAGGCCAAGAAGAAGGAAGCGUUGGCUAAUAGCAUACCAGAUAUACAGAUGGGAGGAGUUGUAUCACCAGGAUUGAUGCCCAACACAUCCCCUAGAGAGAGACAGAAGUCAGCCAGGAAAACAAGUAGUGUCAAGGUUGAGAAGGUCGAUGAUAAGAAAACCAAAGAUGACAAGAAGGAACCAAAACUAGAUGUCCAGAGUCCGGCCCCAAAGAAGUCUGCCAAGAAAUCUCGGGGUACAGGUGAGAAGGAGAAGAUGUUCCCUGGCAAGCUGGAAUCCAAGGGGUCAAUGAAGGAUCUCAAAGGGUCAGGGGUCAAAGAGAAAAGCAAAGAGAGUGAGAAGGAGAAGAGUAGUGGGUCUAAAGAUGGAGGCAGCGGGCUGGGCGGGGCACUCAAACCCCCCGGUACCAGUGAGGGGUACAUGGACCAACCCCCUGAUACCUUCUCCGUUAUGACAGAUGGUGUACCCCGGUCUGCCCUCGGGGAGGGGUCAGUGAUGUUCGUUGAUGGGGAUACUCCAGCAGGGGACAAGGUCGAGGUCAAUCAGGCCGAUAAGAAAGUCUGGAUGGACUUUGAAGACUUCUGCAAAUGCUUCAAGACGCUGUAUAUUUUCCACAAGCCAAGUUCUUAUAUGUGCACACACAAAGUAUCUGAUCUGAAGAGUGAGUUACCGGGCGUGGUCGCUCAUCCAUCUAGUGCCCGAGGCGUCAAGGAACCAGAAAUGGCAGGCAAGAAUGUACAAGCUACUGCUGGAAAGAAGUCUGCUGCUCCCGGUGGUCCAGCCAAUCCCAGUGGGUCGAUGACCUCCCAGACUCCUGCUAGGAUGCCCUUCAGUCCAUCACCACCACAUCAUCGAGGAGCAGCAUUGAACAUUGAGGGCCAUAAGACUACAACAGAUGAUCGAUCUCCUCAUUACAUGUUCGUUGAUAAUCUGGAGCCUACUGAGAUCAUUGUAAGCUUCUCAUCAUUGUCCAAGUGGUUUGAUCCUCCUGCGGACCUACCCAAGACUUCCCAUAGCUCUACAAGAGGAAAGGAUCAGCUCAAGGAUACAGAAUCCAUCGCUGGAUCGAGCAGUGUGGCUGAUGCAACCAUAACUCCCAAAGACACACCUGUGACACCCACCACACCUGGUCUCUUGGUAGCUGAGCCUUACUCCUGGAAGAGUCUGGUGGUUGGACAACCUAUCUUGAGGAUUCGCUCCACAUUUACUAAGGCUGCUGCUCUUACCUUGCCUCCUGGGCGGCAUGUCCUACGUUUCAUGAUGACAGCCCCUCUAGGAUACCAUGUUCAUCUCUGUUCCACUGUGCCAUUUGUCUAUGGAGAUGAGGAAACAGUCAUGACUCAUCUUACAAAGGAGAGUUGUCGGUUUGUAGAUCAGGCCAUGCAGGUCAUGCAGACCAUAGGUAAUGCCAUCCAGAACUUUGACAACAAGGAACUCUUCAAUGCCAACAUGAAGGAACUUAGCCUCCUACACUGUCCUGUACGCAACAAUACCUUGGCUGUCAUACACAAUCAUGAGGUGUUCAAGGAUGCCCUUUAUAACACAUUGCGGAGGGCACUCACUGAGAGUCUGACCCCAGAGAUGACCUUUGCUUGGAAAGCGUUCAACUUUGAUGUCCUUACUAAGAACAUUGCUGGGAUACCUGUCAGCCAGAGUCGCCCAGUCCCACCUGUUGAUAGGCCAUCAACUGGUGCCUCACGAAAAUCUGCCAAACUGUUGAGAAAGAAGAAUGCAGAGGAAGUAGAACCACAAGGCGUUGAAGUUCCAGACCAGUGGGUGGACAGGCAACCUACAGAACUAGAAGACGUGGCAGUGACCCUCUUAGCCAGGUACUGGAGAGGGUGCUAUGUACGUAAAGUCAAGGCAGCCAGGAGUCCAGGAACCGUUGCUAAUGUCCAAGCUAAGGAGCAGCUUCAGAAAGCCUGGAGCAUCAUGGAGCCAAACCUGGAGCAACAUGCACUCCAUCUAUUCAGGACAAUGUUCAAGACUGAUCCUGAUCUGAUGCCUAACUUUACCUUCUUCCAAGAUGAGUGGAACAAGAUCUCCUAUGUAGACUUCCAAGGAACCUAUCAAGAACAACCUCCACACACAUGGUUUGUGGUCUUUAGGGAUGUGCUGUUUGUCCAAGAGCCUAUGUUGGUCGUUCCUAAGCUGUACUGCUCCAUUCCUACCUGUAUGCUGAGGGUUGUUGACAAUGAUACUGGUGAAGAGAUACCAAGGGUCUUCCAGAGAGUGGCUCCAUAUGAGUACAAGAAGAACAGGAGAGGCUACACCUUCCUUGCCGAGGCUCGAACCAGCGACCUACCGCUGACCAGCGGGAAGUGGAGGAUGCGUCUGAUUGGUUCGUCUAGUCCCCUCCCUCAGCCAAUCAGAGAUGGCAUCAAUAGUAACUUCCUCCUCAAAGAAAUCAGAGAUUAUUACAUCCCUAAUAAGGAGAAUGUUAUAAUGAGGUAUGUUGUAAAGCCACAGGAAGACCAUGUAUCCAGUAUACAGUUCAGUACAUCCAAACCAGAUGUGUACAUCAGUCUGGACAUACUAGACAAUGAGGAGUCUGUAGCCAGUACAUCAGGGAAGGGUCAUGCAGUGAUCCCAGCUUUCACUUUCCUCAGGGAUAGGGAACCAGGGGAAGAGGAGAAGAGGUCAUCACGCUCCUCUGCCAGAGGAGCUCGAGGCCAUGGCAGUACAGCCAGUCUAGGAUCUGGCAAGAGGAAAUCACACUCAGCCAGCAGUCACGAUGGUCGAGGAUCGCGUGCUAGCAGAGCUUCUGGAGAUCUUAAUGAAGAAGAAAUGAAGCCACACAAGUACAUCAUCCAAGCUAAGGUGAUGAGGAAGAGCUGGCCACUGUCUGAAAGCAGCUGGGCCUUCGUACAGGUCCUAAAAGAACUAGAGAAGAACGAGCUUAAAGUGGAACAAAACCAUUCCUUUCACCCCACGGCCAUCUUCCUCGAGUACAAAAUUCCGGAAGAUUACGACGAAGACAAAAUGGAAUCUCCGUCGCGACUUAGAAGAGCAAGAAAAAAGGACAGAGUGGAGAGUACAUCAUCAGACGCAAAAGGGGAUAGAGAAGAUUCGCAGGAGAGAAGAAAAGCCAACAAAGAGCGCCCUCUAUCCCCAGGUAAGGGUGAUGCCAAGGCAGCAGCUAAGGAUCGCGGUAAGAAAGGCAAGGACAAGGGUAAAGACAAGGACAAAGAUAAGGACAAAGGCAACGCGUCUAGACCAUCCUCACAACAGUUUGAUAGUACCAAGCCUAACUGGACUCUUAGAGUGGUCCUGGACCAGACACCAACGGAGGAGGUUGAGAUCCGCCGUGAUACGGAACGUCAGGAUGAGAUCCGUGCUAUGAAGCAGGCAUGGGAAGCAGCUGAUCCUGGUCGGGCUGCCAAGGCACAAGCAGCAAGGGAGAAGUUCCUCAAAGAACAUCUGAUCAAGCUAGAACCAGAAGAAGACCAGACAGCAGCGCAACCAGAACAAACAGAGGCUGCAGAAGCAGCAGAAGUUGGUCCACCGCAGACUCCAGCCUCUGAGAUGGAACCUCCAAUUAAUGAUACUAUCCUUACCAAUGAGCCACCGCCUCCACCACCAGCCAAGGAGAUCCUCAAGACCAUGGACUAUACACCUUACAUCAGACCUGCAGACUUCACAGGUGAACCUAGGCUGAAGGAUGAAGAGGAAGUCCAAAGACAGUUUGAGGUGAAGCAGAGAGAGAUCAAGGAAUAUACCCUCUUCAGAGAGGCUGUACUGGACGAGAGAGAGCAGGAUAGAAAGAGAAGGAACCUCACCAAGGAGAAACAGCUCAAGAAGUGUAUAGAAUUACAGACUAGUCUUGAUGAGAGGAGAGAAGAGAUCAAUAAACCUAGGGAAGCCUUCAGGCAGAAGUUCCUUGAGGCUGAGAAGAAACGCCUUGAGGAGAUCGCUGCAGCGGAGGCAGCGUUGAAGGCAGAACAAGCCAGGAGAUCACCAUCACCUAAGGGCAAGAAGAGCCCUAAAGGAAAGAAGAGUCCUGGAAAGAAAAGUGCUAAGGGAAAGAAGAAAUAAAAUGUUUGGAGAGUAAGGGUUGUCACUUGUCUAUUGAAGUGGUUUCAUAUCAUACAUUCCUUGUGUUCCAACUUUGUCUACUAGCAGACGGUUGAAUUCUCAGUUUGUCUAAUGCCAUCAUGGAUAAACCCACCCUGGUCGUAUCAAUAUGGUCCAAGUUUCACUUUGACUGCUUACCAUUUUGCUCUUUAUCAAAUGAAAAUGCAGUUCAAAAACAGUUCCUCCAAUCAUAUAGACUAAGUGGUGCUAGAUCAAAAUAGAUAUUAAUCCAAAUGGAUAAAGCCCUCAUUGGAAAUCAGACAAGAUAAUAAUGAGCUAAAUGGCAAUAGACCAAAUGGUUAGAUGAUGAAUUUGGUUGUAGAUGAAUUAUGAUUGGGUGUCCACCAAGUGGCAAUUUACCCACUUCUUGUAGGAAUUGUAAUCCUGUAUCUGCCUACCAAAUGGAAAGCAAAUCUUAUAAACAAGAACUAAACACUGAAGAGAAGGGUCUGAAUAGACUGAGUGAGAGGAGGAAUGGAAGCUUUCUUUAUGAGCUGAUGAAUUGUAGAUGCUGAAAGGGUACUAAACGGUUUAGGUACAUUCUUGUUUGCAGUAUGAGAGGAUAUUUUUUAAACCUGAUUCUUGUGAAUUCCUCACAUAAAUUGAGUUUGGUAUGAACUCCAGACAGAAGGUAAAGAAGAAAUUAAUGAGGGGGGGGUCAAACAGAAAAGGUUGAAAUUCACUACCUGUUUGGAUCCCAUUGCAUUGGGACUUUUGUUGAAUUAACACUAAGUCUAUCAUGAAUGGUAGGUGCCAUAGUAAACUUGCUCCAUAGCUAAUCAAAAUCAAUAUUUUCCUGUAAGUAGCAAUUGAUGGCAAUGCUAAAAUUUCUAAUGUUUGAUUGGUUUAGAAAUGUGGGCCUGGAAUUUCCUUUCUUUAAUUUAACAGCAAUAUCUCUUGGAGAAUAAUUGAAACUUUUCCCUGUUUAAUAUAUAUUUUAGAGAAUUCUGAUCAAUCUGGUUUAAGUGAAGGUUAUGUGUUUGGAUAAAGAAAUCAAAUGAAGUGAGCAGAUGUUCCCAUUCUUAUUACACUAAGAAAAUGUCAUGAGUCACUUAGUGCUGAAUUAGGCAGAUUUGAAGUAACUGAUAGAUUAAAAUACAUACUUUAUUGUCAUUUAAAUUUCAUCAUGAAUCUUUAUGCAUCAAUUCUCUUUGAUUUAAGUCCACAGUAAGCUAGGAAAAAGGAUAUUGGAAAGAUAAUAAGCCGAUCCGAAGGUUUGAGAAUCCACUUUAUAUAUGAUCUAGUUAUAUGUUGUAAGCAAAUAAUGUCAUGUAUGCACUCCGUCCAGUUAUUGGUGCCUUUAUUAAUAGACAUUCCUUAAAUACUUUUGACUAUUCAGCUGGUGGUAUUUGAUUUCUGCCUUGGUAAUGAUGAUGAUAAAAGUGGUGAUAAUAUUAUUUGAAUUUAAUGAUCCAUCACUCAUGUGGCUUACUUGAGGAUGAUGAGCAAUUGAUUAGUUUAUUAUUAUUCAGAGGAUUGGAUCUUCAUUUUGAUCUUAAAAUAUUCACUUGAAUAUUAACAUAUCUGAAGGUAUUUAUUGAAAUGUUUUUAAUGAAUUUAUCUGGUGUAUAUAUUUGAGCUUGUAAAUAUCUGAGUAUACAAAGGACUUUGCAAUUGGUUGUAAAAUAUGUGUUUUAUAUGUAAAUGUGUAUGUUUGAUGAAUAUAUUUAUCUGUAAAUUUUGUGUCAUUUGAGAAAAUAUUAAAGUAUUUGAUUUGUCAAUUUUCAUCA